CAAUGUCAAGUUACCUCUUUAUUAUUAAAUAUGAACUUCCUGAAGUAAUCAGAGCAUUUAUGAAACUCGAGGAGAGUUCUGGUGAAUGGUACCUAAAUGGGAACUACCUCGUCAUACUUGUAACAGUUGCAGUUAUUCUUCCUCUCUCCCUUCUAAAGAGUUUAGGUUAUCUUGGUUAUACGAGUGGUUUUUCGCUGACCUGUAUGGUUUUCUUUGUCUGUGUGGUAAUCUUCAAGAAAUCCCAAAUACCUUGUCCUCUCCCCAUCAUGGACCAUGGGCUUGGAAACUGGACUGCGACCAACAACACAGUGCCAGCACACCUGAUCGUAUUACCAAAUGAGUCUUUCAGUUCUGGUGUGAAUUUCAUGAUGGACAACACAGCUAGGCACUUGCCAGGCCUUGAGGAGCCGAAAGAUACCUCUCCCAGAAGUGGUGUGGAAUAUGAAGCACACAGCGACAGUAGUGAUAUGUGUCAGCCAAAAUACUUUGUGUUCAACUCACGGACUGCCUAUGCAAUACCCAUCCUGGCAUUUGCAUUCGUAUGCCACCCUGAGGUGCUACCAAUAUACAGUGAACUGAAAGAUCGCUCCCGAAGACGGAUGCAGAAUGUCUCAAAUAUCUCCAUCACUGGCAUGCUUAUCAUGUACCUUCUGGCUGCACUCUUUGGAUACCUUACCUUCUACGGAGAAGUUGAAGAUGAGCUACUUCAUACAUACACCAAAGUGUACACUUUUGACACACUCUUGCUGUCAGUUCGUUUGGCAGUGCUGGUGGCUGUAACCCUGACAGUGCCCCUUGUCCUUUUCCCUAUCCGCUCAUCUGUCAGUGCACUGCUGUUUCCUAAAAGACCUUUCAGCUGGAUAAGACAUUUCCUGAUUGCAGCAGUAAUUCUUGCUUUUAAUAACCUGCUCGUAAUUUUUGUCCCAACGAUUAAAGACAUCUUUGGAUUUAUUGGUGCGUCUUCUGCUACAUUGCUGAUUUUCAUCCUCCCUGCUGCCUUCUACUUGCGGCUUGUUGAGAAGGAGCCCCUGAGGUCUCCCCAGAAAAUCGGGGCUCUAAUUUUUCUCAUAGUUGGCAUGAUCUUCAUGAUUGUGAGUAUGACUCUUAUUGUAAUGGACUGGAUUUACAAUCCCCCAAGUUCCAGACAUCACUAA